AGGUUAUGGGAAUACAUGUCAUAAAGGUGUCACGCAAUUUUUUUUUGUUAAAACAAUGCCUAUCCGGUGGGGAAUAGCCAGUUGUUGCAGAGCAAGUCAGGAUUUUGCUAACGCAUUGAAAUCGUAUCCCGAAACGCAGCACCAACUGACGGCGGUGGCGGCCAAAAAUGUACAAUCCCUCGAGGCGUUCGCCAGCACCUUCGACAUACCCCAGACCUACAACACCUACAUAGACCUAGCCACGGACGAAAACGUGGACAUCGUCUACGUGGCGGUGCACAACGGAAUGCACGUGGACGUGGUGAGGAACAUCGUCAACGGCGGCAAACACGUGGUGUGCGAGAAACCGUUGUGCUUCAACGAGAAGAGCGCGAAGGAACUGAUGGUGCUGGCCAAGGUGAAGGGGGUGUUUUUGAUGGAGGCGAUGUGGACGAAAUGCUUUCCGGGCUGGGAGUACCUGACGAACCUGCUGGCCGAAGGUGUGAUUGGGGAGGUUAACUUUUCGCAAGUAACAUUCGGUCACAGCGACUACAAUCAACGGAACUUGAAUUUGAAGAGCAUGUACAAGGGGUCGGUGAUGGAUUUCGGGAUUCACGCUCUCUGUUUCCAGGAACAGAUCUUCCAGAAUCUCGUGCCGGUUAAGGUUCUUACCACCGGUUUUAUCGGUGAUCAGGACGUGGAUGAGUCUGCCAGUUGUAUUUUGAGUUAUGCUGAAGGUAAAAAUGCCAUCAUUUCCACCCACACUCGAUGCAGUAUGCCCAAUGAAGCGAUCAUCGUUGGGUCCAAGGGUAUAAUUAGGAUACCGCAUUUUUGGUAUCCCACUAGGUUGUAUUUGCCGGACGGAGAAGAGAAAAAAUUUGAUUUGCCCAAUAGGGAACGAAUUGUCACCAGAAUUGUGGGCUUUAAAUACCUCAUUAAGGAAGUACAAUACUGCUUGGAGAGGAACAUGCUUGAAAGUGAAAAGCACUCUCAUGCCAGCACAUUAACAGUGAUACAUUGGAUGGACAUAUGGAGGAAGCAGCUGCAAGUUAUAUACGAACAGGAUUCGUGAAAUAUAACUAUUAUAUUGACAAUAUUAAUUUUAGCAAUAAAUUAUGGGUAAACAAUA